AUAAUGAAAGCAUUAAAAAAUUGAAAAAAGAAAAAAGAGGAGGAGUGGCUCAAAAGUCCUCCUCUGUGGCUAUGGCGGAUGCGGCAAAGCACACGCUAGUCACUAGUGGAACUCUGAUUUCAGACUUCAAGAGCCUUGUUUCCAUCAUCAGAACCACAAAAAAAAACCGUUAUUUUUGCAUAUAGGUUCAUGUUUGCUUUCGAUGUUUUCACUGUCUUCUAACUUUCUCAUUAUCUUGUCUCAUUAUCCAUCAUAAAUCCAAACACAAGCCCAGGCGCCCUAGGCCACAAUCAAGACCAUUGUGCUAUGAUGUGAGAGGCCACAAUCCAGGAACCAGGAACGACUGGCGACUGGCGACUGGCGUAGUCCGCAAGAUAUAUUAGAGCCGCCACUCUGGUCUACAAUUCCGAGCAGCCUAUGACUUGGAACUUUUAUAAUCACUGUAACAUGCAAUUAGUCCAUAAAAACCAUUAGCUCACUGAAUACGUCAGCGCCCCCCAACCAAUAUGUAUGUAUAUAUAUAUAUAUGUAUAUCACAGGCUCAUUCGAUAUCAUAUAUCCCUCUUUCAACGUAUUCUUUUCCUGUAUAAACUGCCACUUUUUUGUAACCAGAAUUGUUCGUAGUUGCUUAAUUUCUACGUGUGGGAAGAGUUAGAUGGCGAAAUUACCAGAGCAAGAGCACCCGAAGAAGGCCUUCGGAUGGGCAGCCAGGGACACUUCGGGGGUCCUCUCGCCCUUCAAAUUUUCCAGAAGAGCAACGGGAGACGAGGACGUAACGUUCAGAGUUCUUUAUUGUGGGAUAUGCCACUCGGACCUUCACAUGAUCAAGAACGAAUGGGGCAUGUCCACCUACCCACUUGUCCCUGGGCACGAAUUCGUUGGAGAAGUGACAGAAGUGGGGAGCAAGGUGAAGAAAGUUAAAGUAGGAGACAAGGUGGGCGUGGGAUGCGUGGUCGGUGCAUGCCAUUCCUGCGAGAACUGUAAGAAUGACCUUGAAGCUUAUUGUCCCGAAAUGAUUCUUACCUACAGUUCCGUUUACUCCGAUGGAACACUCACAUAUGGAGGCUACUCAGACACAAUGGUAGCUAACGAGCGCUACAUCAUUCACUUCCCGGAAAACAUCCCACUUGACGCCAGUGCUCCCCUACUUUGUGCCGGGAUAACAGUUUAUAGUCCCUUGAAAUAUUAUGGUCUGGCCGAGCCGGGUAAGCAUAUUGGAGUUGUUGGCCUAGGUGGACUUGGUCAUCUAGCUGUUAAAUUUGCAAAGGCUUUUGGGGCGAAAGUGACGGUAAUUAGCACCUCCAUUAGCAAGAAGGAUGAGGCUUUGGAACAUCUUGGUGCCGACUCAUUUUUGCUUAGCCGUGACCAAGAACAAGUGCAGGCUGCCAAGAAUACAAUGGAUGGUAUCCUUGAUACCGUAUCUGCAACGCACUCCAUUUUGCCAUUAAUUGAUCUAUUGAAGUCCCAUGGAAAGCUUGUUUUGUUGGGUGCACCAGAAAAGCCGCUUGAGCUACCCGUCUUUCCUCUGCUUAUGGGAAGGAAGACGGUUGCAGGAAGUAAUACUGGAGGAAUGAAGGAGAUACAAGAAAUGGUAGACUUCGCAGCGAAACAUAACAUCACGGCAGACACAGAGAUUAUUCCAAUGGAGUACGUGAACACGGCGAUGGAGCGCCUUGCUAAGGGUGAUGUUAGAUACCGAUUUGUCAUUGACAUUGGAAACACCUUAGCCGCUACCAAAUCUUGAAGUUCUUAGUUUUCUUGUAUUGUUUUCGAUCCAAUAAUUCUGUUUAACAAACUGCUUAGAUAUAUAUUCUUGUAUCUCGAUCUACUGGAACCUUGUUCUUUUUAUCAUUUGAUAGUCAUUAAAUGGUUGUAGUCGUUUCAAACAACA